CCGCCACCGCCACCACCACCGCCACCAUCACUACCACUACCACCACCACCAUCACCAUGCUGGUCCUGCCGCCACGCAAACUGAAGUCUCGCACCGCGCCUCAGGUGCAUCGAUGUGACCAGUUAAGUUUCCAUUCCUCGAGAUCAGCGCAGCAACAAUGACGCAGAAAUAAAGCCAGCAGCACACAAUGGUGACCAGCGCCGCCAUUUCCUGGUGAUCAGAGCGCGGAGAAGUAUCAUGAUGGAGACAAAAGGAAAGAAGAGACACGGCAGCAACACGGGCCCUUGGUGCAGCGGUGGCACGUCCAUUCACAGGCCGUUCACGCUCCACCUCACAUUCCACACAGCGGCACGUGACUGUUCCGCUUCUCUGGGCCUGCCACGCCGCGGCGGCCACCUGUGCGUCCAGCGCGGGGUGUUUAUCAUAUGUAGCUUUGGGUUACGUGUGUGAGAGAAAAGCCGGGACUCCGCACCUCACCACCCCAUCACCCGGCAGACUCCCAGCGUGCCGGGGCAAGAGGGAGGUGCUCGCAUCAUGCAGAGAGGCGGCAUGCGGCAGGACGCCGUGGUGUGGCCUUGGGUGGUGGCGUGGGCGGCGGUGGCUAACGUGGCGGUGGGCGGCGGGGAGCAGAACACCACCACCUCUCGGCCCACGUCCAUGAUGCCCACGCCCGCGGCCACGCCCAUGACGUGUGAGGACGCUCGCAUCAAGUGUGCACUGCGGGAGGGCUGUGGCAUGGCGCUGCAAAACUACAUGCUGGGCUGCGCUGACCUCAUCUCUGGCAAGAGCGCGGAGUGUGACCCCUACUGCAGGAACUCCCUCAUCGCCCUCACCUCCACCGAGGAGGGGCACGCCCUUAUGGAUUGUGUGUGUAGCGACGACUACUGCCGGGAAAGCAAGCAGCGGGUGGAGGUGUGCCGCGUGGAGGUGCUGCGGGCCAAUGCUAACUCCACGGUGGUCACCUGCAGCGUGGCGCACUGGAUCUGCUCCGCCGACACCCUCUGCUCCACCGCCAUCACCUACUAUGACCGAUAUUGCCGCAAGAUGUUCCUGGGCAAAGAGUGCAGUUUCCGGUGCAACAACAGCCUGGGUAUCCUGCAGCGCCAGGCCAAGGCGGCCAAGCUGGCCAGCUGCACGUGUGACGGCACAGAGCCCUUCGACUGUGAGGGCAUCAAGAACAACACGGCGCGGUUGUGCUUCCCCCACUGGGAGAAGGCGGCGGAGGAGGAGCAGGACCUAGAAGAGGAGGAGGAAAGAACGAACCAGGUGGAUACAUCGGGGGCGACGACCCACUCCCUCAGCGGCUUGGGGGUCGGCAUUGACAGGGGCACGCUUUGGACAGCUCAACUCCCACUGCUGCUACUGCUGCUCCUGACGCCAGCACGGUAGCCGAGGUGGUGAAAGGAGAGAUGAGGAGCCAGAGAUCACCACCACUACUACCAUCACCAUAGCCACCACCACCACCACCACAGCCACCACCGGGAUCAGCGCGCCGUCCAACACUCACACACACUCAUGGGACGUUUAAGAACAAGGGCACACGAAGACAGGACAUGGCGCGCAGUGAUGAUUGAUAGUGACGGUUGUGACGGCUUGAUGACUCUGUACAUUGUCUGUAGGGAUGACGUGACCAGCCACCGUGUUCCUCCCGCCGUGGCUGUGGUCGCACUAAGGUUGUGAUACUCAGAAGGCGGUACUCCGAAACGCACCACGACUGUUUUCCGAAGCUACAAAGAUGAUAAGGCGGGUUCUCAUGAGUGUUUCUCCUUUUGAUAAUAUAGAAAUCUUGUUAAUGCGUCACUAGAACUAUAAUAUCACUAAAACUACAAAAGCCAGUUGUGUGUCAUGGAGAUGCAGCGCGGAAGUGUUUCAGAAUAUGAUUCCAGUUUGACCGCCUUCCAUCACGUCAGAACCUUGCCGCGACACCACUCGAAUCCAGAGCUCAAUGUGGAAGUAUAGUGGACCUUGGAAAUGUGGAGUGAGUUUUUUUUUCUCUGUCCACCUUCCAUCCAGUGUGAAAAUAAGUGGAUGUGAUAAAACUUGGAAAUGUGUAGUGGGUGUUUUUUGCAUCCCGCUCCAUUCAAUGUGAAGAUUAUAAACAAGAUGGAAAGAAGCUUCGAACACAACUUUCUUUUCGUUAAUUUGACCAGCGGAAAGACUGGCUGCAAGUUUACAAAGAGUGACAUUUUAUCUAUUUAUUUUUUUCUUAUUUACUUGGUCCAGUUAAAAGACUCGUUUCAUUCUUCGAAAAUGUGGAGUGACUUUUUUUUCAGUUCCAUUGUGUAAUCAAAAGGACCCUUUGCUGAGGUGUGUGUGUGUGUGUGUGUGUGUGUGUGUGUGUGUGUGUGAUUACAGGUAAAUGUGUGAAGUUGUACAGGUGUUUUGUGGUUGGUUUGGUUAUAGCUUUGUAUGUGUGUUCUAUAUUACUGUAGUGUGUGUGUGUGUGUGUGUGUGAUGUGGAGCGUAUGUUAUUGUGUGCGCGUGUGUCGAACCAGCCAAA